UGAUUUCCGCUUCCUGCGUGCGCCGCGACGUGCUCGCGCUCUGCCUGGCGGCCAUUGCGCGCGCGCACGUCGAGUGCGGAGGAAACAACGCGGAGGAGCCUCCUGUUCUCGCCAGCAUGGAGCGAGGCUCGGGGGGGCUGCCGCAGCCCUCCAAGCCGGUCAGCAUCUCGUCGAACCGCCCGGUCCACAUGAACUUGUUCGCCACCUGGGAAGUGGACCGUUCCUCGCCCAGCUGCGUUCCCAGGCUCUUCAGUUUGACCCUGAAGAAGCUGGUCCUGCUCAAGGAGCUGGACAAAGACCUCACCUCGGUGGUCGUCGCCGUCAAACUGCAGGGUUCCAAGCGGAUCCUUCGCUCCAACGAGAUCGUUCUGUCGUCGAGCGGCCUGACGGAGACCGACCUUCAGCUCACCUUCUCUCUCCAGUACCCUCACUUCCUGAAGAGGGACGCCAACAAGCUUCAGAUCAUGCUGCAGCGCCGUAAGCGCUACAAGAACCGGACCAUCCUGGGCUACAAGACGCUCGCCCUGGGCCUCAUCAACAUGGCCGAGGUUAUGCAGCACCCGAGCGAGGGCGCUCAAGUUCUGGGGCUGCACAGCCAGCUGAAGGACGCUUCGCUGCCCGUGGCCGAGAUGCGCGUCUACUCGCUGUCGAGCCAGCCCAUCGACCACGAGGGACCCAAGGCCAAGAUGUCGGACCGAUCCCCAGACAUCGACAACUACUCCGAGGAGGAAGAGGAGAGCUACUCGUCUGAGCAGGAGGGCAGCGACGAUCCCGUCCACGGACAAUACCUGUACGAUGAAGAUGAGGAAGUGAGGAAGAAGAAGCCCAGGCGGAAGCUGGCGUCCAAUGCGGCCAUCACCAGGCAGCCAAACAUCAAGCAGAAGUUCGUGGCCUUGCUGAAGAGGUUCAAAGUCACCGACGAGGUGGGCUUCGGUCUGGAGCACGUGUCCAGGGAGGAGAUCCAGGAGGUGGAGGAGGACCUGGACGAGCUCUACGAUAGCCUGGAAAUUUACAACCCCAGCGACAGCGGGCCGGACGUGGAGGAGACCGACAGCAUCAUGAGCACGCCCAAACCCAAACUCAGGCCCUUCUUUGAGGGGAUGUCUCAGUCCAGCUCCCAGACGGAGAUCGGGAGUCUGAACAGCAAAGGCAGUUUGGGCCGGGACACUCUGAGUCCGGGGGAGCCGCCUCCCGUGGACAAGAUGAAAACAUCUCGCAGCCGCAUUCUGGACGAGGCGCUGUCAGAGAGCGAGACGCUGGAAGGGGCGGAUCAGGAGCUGCUCGCCGACGCCGCCCCCUGCAUCACGGUGUCUGCGGCGGAGAAAGCGCGUACGCCCAUGAAGACCGGCAAAAGCGAAAGCCACACGGUGCCGUCGCCCCGGUUGGAAGGAGGCCACACGCCCUCCAGGCAGAAGCGCAGCAGCAGCACGCCCGUCAAGGCCAAAGCGCCGAGCGAGCGUGCCAACAGUUCCGACUCGGAGAGGUCGCCCGAGCUGGGACACGGCACGCCGGUGCUGAGGAAGGCCAUGUACGACCAGCUCAACCACAUCCUGUUGGCUGACUCGGCCCUCCCGGAGAGCCUCAUCCUGGUCAACGGCGGAGACUGGCAGGGGCAGUACGUGCUGGAGCAGCUGCAGGUGCACAAGCAGCCGGUGGUGUGCACGUGCUCGCCAGCGGAGAUCCACGCCGUCCUGUCCGCCAUCCUCACGCGCAUCCAGAAGUUCUGCAACUGUAAUGCGUCCAUGCCGCGCGCGGUGAAGGUGGCGGCGGUGGGCGGGCAGAGUUACUUGGCCGCCAUCUUGCAAUUCUUCGUGACGCAGCUGGCCAACAAGACCUCGGACUGGCUCAACCACAUGCGCUUCCUGGUGGUUCCUCUUGGCUCGCAUCCCGUCGCCAAGCAUCUGGGCGCGCUGGACAACCGCUACAGCUCCUCCUUCUUGGACGGAGCUUGGCGAGAUGUCUUUAGCCGCUCCGAGGCCCCUCCCACAGACCAACUGGACGUGGCGGGAAGGAUCGCCCAGUACAUCGGCGGCGCCACGCUCACGCACCAUCUUCCCAUUGCCGAGGCCAUGUUGACCUGCAAACACAGGACGCGGGAGGAAGACUCCUACCAGAAGUUUAUUCCCUUCGUCGGUGUAAGCGCGCGCUCGUCUUUUGCCCUCAAACGCAGGCCGUCCGUUUGGGUGACAUCGCUUCCUGUUUUGCAGGUGGUCAAGGUGGGCGUGAUCGAGUCCGGACCCUCGCUGGCCGGCGACGCCGAGGAGGGCGUCGCCGUGAGCUUGGCCGUCCCCUCCUCGUCCCCUCCCUCCCACGGCUCCCCCGCAGGGAUGAUCAAGGAAGCGGCCACUCCCCCCUCGUCCCCCUCCAUGGGAAACGUCGCCGUGCAGGGGAGUCCCGGCAUGUCGCACGGCGUGGACGCCAUCGGCCUACAGGUGGACUACUGGCUGGCGUCGCUGGCCGAGAAGAGGCGGGAAGGCGAGCGGCGCGACGCGGCGUGCAAGAACACGCUGAAGAGCGCCUUCCGCUCGCUGCAGGUCAGCAGGCUGCCGGGCGGGGGCGCCGGCGGGGCAGGCGAGCCUCACGGCGUUCAAGUCAGCACCAUGGCCAUGACGGUGGUGACCAAGGAGAAGAACAAAAAAGUGGCCACCAUCUUCCUGGGAAAGAAGCCCAAAGAGAGAGAGGUGGACUCCAAGAGUCAGGUGAUCGAAGGCAUCAGUCGCCUCAUCUGCUCGGCCAAGCAGCAGCAGACCAUCCUAAAAGUGUCCGUCGAUGGCGUCGAGUGGAACGACGUCAAGUUCUUCCAGCUGGCCGCCCAGUGGCCGACUCAUGUCAAGUACCUUCCUGUCGGACUUUUCGGCUACACCAAGCCCUCCUCCUAGGUGGCGGCGGUGGUCCACCUGGCACCUUGGCUUGAUCUUUUCUCAUCCUCAUCGCGCUAUUACGCAAUCCAGACAACCUGUCACAACAGGGCCCCCAAGUGAGAGCUCAAAUACUACAGUGUUGCCCUGCUAAUCCAUGAGUAAUUGAAGCACCCCCCCCAAAAAAAGGAUUAUAAUUGCCUAUAGAUGCCAGAUGGUGGCAAAUUAGACAGACCUAUGUAUGGCCUGACGAAAUGAAGCUGGUAUAGGUAAGUUGUUUUUUUGUUUUUUGUGAAUAAUGGAAGCUAUGUUGCAAGAAAAAAAAAAUCUGUGAAUAGGUCAAAUCGUAACUAUGCGGGGGAACACCGCACAUAGAAAGUGGCUAUGUAUGUGUAAGAAUGUGUCUUCCAUGGACAGAAUAGGUUUGCCACGCUACUGUGUGUGUAUGUUGUUGUUGUGUGAACAACACACAGCACUUGUGCUCCUGUGGUCACAGUUGUCAAUUAAAACUAAGGACACCAAAGUGGUUGACUGUAAAACAAAACAAACCCAUGAACAUUAGUGGUGUUGAAAUGUGUGAAAGGCCAUCAGCGUAAAAUCAUGCCAAACAAUAGAAAAAAGGAAGUUGAUGUUUUUUUUUUUUUUUUGUGCAUUUCCGUGGUGCUGAAAAGUGUUCUCUGUACUCAAGUCCGCGUUUCACGGUUUUGUUGUUUUGUUGCUACUAAAUGGGCUCUGGUUGUAUGUUGUGAGUGACUUGUGGAGAGAUAUUUUGCACACAUGCUGUUGUCUCUUAACCGUUUUGCCUCGAAUAAUGCUUGUACAUAUGUGACAUUGUUUCAUGUUUUGUAGUUCUGCUUUUUCAUGGUUGCAUUUGUCAGUCAAACACAAGUGAAUAGAAAGUGCUUGUUUGGUUUUGUUGAAUCAAAAAGAUGGUACAUUUGGA